CGUCAGAAUCAUUGUCAAGUGCGAAGCGCAAGGAGCAGCAGCAAUUGGUUGCAGGAAUAUACAGCAACAACAACAAGAAUAAAAUAAUAUAUCGCUGUAAAGUCUUGCCAACAAAAUAAAUAAAUAAACAACAUGUUAGCCAGCGAAAAUUUUCCCACACAUCACUACAAGGAAUCUAUAUUUAAGCCAUAUAAUGCAGGCAACGACAACGACAACGACGGCCAGAACGUCGAUGUCAACGAUUUGGCAACCGUUAACAACGCGUGCAAGACACAGGCAGCAGCAACAACACUGGCUAAGAGCAAUGGCAUGAAAGCUGAAGCUGAAGCAGACACUGGCGUUGACGCUGAUGCAACCACGAUUAAUGCAAAAUCUUGUGCGGUCGUUGGCGCAGUUGAAAUCGGGGAUUCAUCCAAUAUGUUUAAUAACAAUAGCUGUAACAGCAGCAAUAAUAAUAACAACAACAAUAACAACAACAAUAGCAGCAAUGGUGCAAUUAGCAACUUUGUGGCCAGCCAUCCGGUGGCAGAAUUUGAACAAUUUAUACGCGUUUGCGUCGAUGAAAUUAUCAAAUUGGCCGUCUUCGAAGGCACCAAUCGCUCCUCGAAAGUUGUGGAAUGGCACGAGCCGGCCGAGCUGCGACAGCUCUUCGAUUUCCAGUUGCGUGAGCACGGCGAGUCGCACGAGAAGCUGCGCCAACUCCUCCAGCAGACGAUUCGCUUCUCUGUGAAGACCGGACAUCCGUAUUUCAUCAAUCAGCUGUACUCGGGCGUUGAUCCCUACGCUCUCAUCGGUCAGUGGCUCACCGAUGCCCUCAAUCCGAGCGUCUACACAUAUGAGGUGGCGCCCGUUUUCACACUGAUGGAGGAGCAAGUGUUGGCCGAAAUGCGUCGCAUUGUCGGUUUCGAGAACGAUGGCUAUGGAGAUGGCAUUUUCUGUCCUGGUGGCUCAAUCGCCAAUGGUUAUGCAAUCAGCUGUGCACGCUACAAACACGCGCCCGAGUCCAAGAAAAACGGCCUAUUUAAUGCCAAGCCCUUGAUAAUCUUCACUUCGGAGGAUGCGCAUUAUUCGGUGGAAAAAUUGGCCAUGUUCAUGGGUUUCGGCAGCGAACAUGUCCGCAAAAUAUCCACCAAUAAGCUGGGUAAAAUGAAUCUGGACGAUCUGGAGAAGCAAAUACAAUUGUGUCUGGACAACAACUGGCAGCCUUUGCUCGUAUCGGCUACGGGGGGCACCACAGUUUUGGGAGCAUUCGACGAUUUGCAGGGAAUUUCGGAACUGUGCCAAAAAUAUAAUAUGUGGAUGCACGUGGAUGCUGCCUGGGGCGGUGGCGCCCUCAUGUCUAAGAAAUAUCGCCAUUUGUUGAAGGGCAUCGAGCGUGCCGAUUCAGUGACCUGGAAUCCCCACAAGCUGCUGGCAGCUUCGCAACAGUGCUCCACUUUCCUCACACGCCACAAACACGUCCUCAGUCAAUGUCACUCAACCAAUGCAGCCUAUUUGUUUCAGAAGGACAAGUUCUAUGACACAUCCUACGACACUGGCGAUAAACACAUCCAAUGUGGUCGACGUGCCGACGUCUUUAAGUUCUGGUUCAUGUGGAAGGCCAAGGGCAGCAAAGGAUUGGAGGCACAUGUGGAUCAGGUAUUCAAAAUGGCCGUAUUUUUCACCGCCAUGUUGCGUGAGAGAACUGGCUUCGAAUUAGUGCUGGAUCAGCCCGAGUGCACGAACAUUAGCUUUUGGUAUAUUCCGCCCAGUUUGCGGCAGCUGGAGCGCAAUCAAGAGUUCUACGACAAACUGCACAAAGUGGCACCAAAAAUAAAAGAGGGCAUGAUUAAGAAGGGCUCCAUGAUGAUGACAUAUCAACCAUUGCGCCAGUUGCCCAACUUCUUCCGCCUAGUGUUGCAGAAUUCUUGCCUGGAGGAAUCGGAUAUGCUCUACUUCCUCAAUGAGAUCGAAACAUUGGGCCAAAAAUUAUAGACGCCCAAAUGACGAUGAGUACAAGUACAUUCUUUUAUAUAUAUAUUAUGUGUAUUAUAAAGUUAGUUUCUUAAGAGCACGGCAUUGUAAAUAAAGUUACAGGAAAACCCUAUGAAGACCA